CUCAUUCACAAAAAAAAUCUUCAUAUAUUCCCUCUCUUCCUCACUCUCUCUCUCUCUCUCUCUCCCUCUCUCCCCGUUGCUCAUAUUGCUGUUUUGGCCAUAAUCAGCAUCACUUCUUUGUCUUGACAGAGUUUUCCAAGAUUUUCUUGGGAAAAAAAGACCACAGAAUACAAAAAUACUUUCUGGGUUAGUGUUAGAGGUUUUUUGUCAUCUUCCUCCAUGUGGGUAUCUCCUAAAUCUUGAAAACCUUUACUGCAAAGAUUGCUGAAAAUAGAGAGAGAAGUGAAGAGAAUCAAAAUAAGGGAAAAGGAAGAUGAAGAUCCAGUGUGAUGUGUGUGAGAAAGCUCCAGCAACUGUGAUCUGUUGCGCUGAUGAGGCUGCCCUAUGUGCAAAAUGUGACAUAGAAGUUCAUGCAGCAAACAAGCUUGCAAGCAAGCACCAGAGGCUGCUCCUUCAAUCCCUCUCCAACAAACUCCCUCCAUGUGACAUAUGUCAAGAGAAGGCAGCUUUCAUUUUUUGUGUGGAAGACAGGGCUCUCUUCUGUCGGGAUUGUGAUGAGCCAAUCCAUUGUGCUAGUAGCCUCUCUGCAAACCACCAGCGGUUUCUUGCCACCGGAAUCCGAGUUGCUCUCACUUCAAGUUGCACAAAGGACAGUGAGAAGGGCAACCAAGAGCCAGAGCCAGAGCCACCUAAUCAUAAUGCACAAUCAGUUAGCAUCAAAAUGCCCACACAGCAAUCUUCAAGCUUCACUUCACCAUCGUGGGCUGUUGAUGACUUAUUGCAUCUCUCAGAUUUUGAAUCUUCUGAUAAGAAAGAACAACUUGAGUUUGGAGAGCUAGAAUGGUUCACAGACAUUGGUCUCUUUGGUGAGCAAGUUCCUCGCGAGGCGUUAGCUCUUGCUGAAGUGCCUCAGCUUCCAGUGCCACAGUUAAGCAAUGCCACUUCAUACAGACCCACCAAAUUGAACAUGCCCUACAAGAAGCCUAGAAUUGAAAUCUCAGAUGAGGAUGAUGAGUAUUUCACUGUUCCUGAUCUAGGUUGAUCUUAGGGACAUCUUAGGAUGAUAAAUAUGAUAAUGUCCAUACAUUCAUAGAUACAUGUGAUAUGUAUCUGUAUGUGUAUGAAUGCAUUGCACAUAACCCAAAGUUGUAUCAGUCGAGGGUAGUGGCAAGGGUUCAAUUCAGGUGCUCUGUUGAAUUCCAUCAAUAUGUUAAUUUUGUUUUGUACUUGUUAAAAAAGAAUGGUAAUUUUGGGUUUUUUGUUAGAUAUUGGGAAUUGACAUCAUGAACAGCACUCAAUGCUCUCAAGGUGUUUUAUACAUACUAUUUUAGAAAGAUUGCUUCUUGGAAAUGUUGUUUCAGU